GUGACAACGUGUCAGAGAGGGGGGGCGCGUCAGAAACAAGCUCAGUUCAACGCCAACCAUCGUGGGUGUUGCACGUGUGUUACCCCGCGCCCGUGUCUGUGACUUGUGAGUGAUGUGCUGACAGGCUGGAUCGUGAAGUGUUGUGUGACUAAAAGUUUUUAAGCUGGAGAAGGAUACACUGUUGUGGAGCAAUAUGCUCACGUCCAGCAAUCAGUAUCUGCGACCGGAUUACCUGUCGCCUUUACCUACCACGCUCGACGCGAAGAAAAGCCCCCUGGCACUCCUGGCGCAGACCUGCAGCGCGAUCGGCGCCGACACGCCUAACCCGAAACUCAUCUCCGCCGCGGAGAAGGCCAGCAAGAAAUACGACGAUAAACCUAUUCAUAUGGACAACAAACCGAGCUUUAAGCCUUACGAGUCGUGCCUGACGAGAGAAAAGACUAGAACGCCUGAAGAUAGAGCUUCGUCCGUGAAUGCGCACUCCAAAACACCUUCGUCGAAAGGAAGUGCUUCGACGACACCGGUCCAGGCGCGAUGUAAUAGCAACCAAAGUUCAUCUUCUCAGAGGACACCCCCACCGACGCAACGUAAAUCACCGUCGGAAAAAUCGGACGAAAGAUCCAGCCCUCUACACUCACCCGCUCAAGCCAAAUCGUCAGAUUCUUCUAGUUCAGCGUCCAAGUUACCAUACCCACCAAGUUCAUUAUCAUCAUCUAUAGAUACCAAAGAAUCGUCCAGUUAUAAGCAUAACGUACCUGUUUCUUCGUCAGCAUUUCUCGGAGGGUUGCCUCCUACUGGAUUUCCGCUACCUAUGGAUUUAAUGACAAGCAGUCUUAUGGCAGCGCAACAUCAUGCGUUGAAAAACGGACUUAAUCCGUAUCUUGCGUACGCAAGAAUGAAAGCUCCGGGAAGUGAUUUAGGUAUCUGUAGAGACCCUUACUGCACUGGAUGCUCUUUAAGUUCGCACUUGCUCAAAUCAGCAGUGUGCCCUGCUGGCUGUUCUCAGUGUGACCACGCAAAGACGCCUUUUCAUUUACCGGCUGGUCACCCUGCUGCGGCUGCGUACGCCCACGCUCAACUGGCUGCUUUGGCCGCCGCAUCACAACUGCCUUUUGUAUGCAGUUGGAUGGCUGGUGACUCUGCUUAUUGCGGGAAGAGAUUCGGAACAUCGGAGGAAUUACUACAGCAUUUAAGAUCGCAUACUGCAAGUGGUGAAUCGAGUCCUAGCUUAUCAAUGUUGAGUGCAACUCAUCCGCUCCUUCAGAGGACGUAUCCUACUCCACCACUGUCGCCAUUGACGCCUCGUUUCCAUCCAUACAGCAAGCCUUCUCACAUGAUGUCAUCACCUCCUUUGCCAUUCCACCUAGCACCUCACCCAUCGCUAGCGGCGUACUUCCCUUCGUAUCCGUUGUUCGGACCGCGGCCCCUGCACCCUUGAGGACCGUCGGCGCUCCACGCUCACAAGAAAGGGGGCGCCGACCACUAACGCCCAUGCAACAGGACAUUCGGAACUGAAGAAAGUGUAAAUAUAAGUUAGUGUUCUUCAUGUUUCUAGUCGGCUCAUAUCAACGACGGACUUGAACCCCAGCGGGGUGCGACAGCUGUGAUCUCUAACUUGUAAUAUUCGUAGCGUUAUUUGCACCGCAUCGGGAAUGCUAUCGCUUCGUCCCGCGACUGCGGCUUUUAUUUUCUAGUUAGAUUAACUGAAUUUUUAUGUACCAAAUCUAUAGUAAUUUAAUUUAAUUAGUUUUCUAACUUAAGUUGUUGCAAUUAAUUAGUGAGGAUUGUUAAUUGUGUUUGUAUUUUUUUUUUAUUAAUCGACUGUAUAUUUUUAAUAUUCACUCUGCAAAAUAUUAAACAUAUCUUUGAAGUAAUGGUAUCCGCUAAAAAUUGCCUUGAAUUUAAAUUGAGUAUAAUAAUUCAUAUACUCGUAUUUACUAAAGUGAUAAAAUCUUGAUUGUUCAAACUCAUUUUGAAUUCAGAAUUUUAACAUAAAAGCUUCAGCAAAGUAGCACUGGUCUGCUGGAAAUGUUAAUAAGAUAAAAGUAUCAUCGUUAAAUGUAAAUUUUAAACAGAAAAUUGGAUUAAAUUGAGUGUAGUAGAAUAUAAAUCACUGUAAUAGCUGCAAUGAGUACCUAUCUGUUAACAAAAAAAUGUUGUUAUAAAGUGCA